AUUUCAGCUUUAGUAUUCUGUAGUACUCGAGCUGUAGACACAUCCGACAUGACACUCGCUCAGUUUUUUGUAUUAUGCGCGAUAAUUUCUAUCGGUGCUGGAGAUAAAGAGUUGGAGUUGGCAGCGAAACUAGAUGAGUAUGCCCAUUCAGACGACAGGGAAGUGUUCUUCCAUGUAGCCAUCGAGAUUCCUGCCAGAAAAAUAGAAUGUUUCUACCAACAUGUGGGAGAAGAUGCCAAAAUGGAGGUCAGCUUCGAGCUUCUGAAGGAUACAGGCACUGACGAAAAAGUUGUGGUGAAAAUGUGGGAUCCAAGCGGCACAGAAAUAGAGAGAAGAGUGGUUACUUCUGAUGGAAGCAGUAUUGAGCCAGACGGAAACAUCCCAGGCACCUACAAGAUUUGUUUCUACAAUCUGAACAAACUGUUCGCGCGGCUGGUGGACGUCAGCCUGACGGUAACCAAUGUGAACUGGCUGGAGAACAUAGAGGCACUACCGGAGGCACUGCUAGAGGACCUGGACAAAACUCAUAUGACGGAAUCCCUAGGUAAACUGCGCACACUCUUCACACUGGUGCGUCUGCAAGUUGAGGUGGUCAAGCGGCGCAUGUUCUCAGACUUCCUGACCGUGCAGUCCAACCUCACGUACGUGGACCGGCUGGGGUUCAUGAGCUGCGUGGCGAUCAUAGGGUCAGGCAUGCUGCAGGUCUUCUUCGUCAGGAGGAUGUUUGAGACACCCAACGUCCGAGGCACGAAAAACAAGACAUGAUAGAAGGAAUGUUGAUGUAACGUAGGCUAGAGUAACAGUGGUGGCAGCGGGGGUGGUAGGAGGGAUGCUAGUACACACAACUUACGCAAGUGAUGAUUUUCGAAAUACUCAAUAUUUUGUCAAUUGCUUACGGCAUAUUCAUCCAUUAUGCAGCACUAAAUGAUACCUACAUAUUUGUGCUCAGCUGUGAUAUAAGAUAAAUACAGACGUGGUUAAAUAUCAUAUAAUUAUGAGGAAAAUAUUGAAUACAUUGCAAGGUUAGUGAUUUAAAACAUGCAUGUAUAACCAAGAAAUAACUAUGUUAUGUACGUUUUAUCACAUGUUUGAUAACGCUCUUAUAUCAGUAACUUUGCAAACAUGUUGCCAUUUUAUCUGCUACAAGACAUGUACUGUGAGUUGAAGCGAUACCAUAAGAAUAAUGUUUUCAUAUUGAAUGAUGAGAAGAGUUGUAUGAUUCUUUUAAAAGUAAACCGGAAUAAACGUCAUCGUUGGUACUUAAUGUUGAAUGUACAUUGCUCUUUUGCAAUAAACCCUGCCAAAUUCA